AUGUUGGGAUGAUGACGAAAAUGGAGUGGUGUUAUGGAUAAUCAAAGGCCCCAUUCUGCUAACUGUAUUAAUUAACUUUAUUAUAUUUAUUAAUGUGAUCAGAAUUCUAGUCCAUAAAUUGAAAUCUCAAGAGGGAGGAGGGAGCCAUUCAAGCCACUUUGUGAGACUUGCUAAAUCCACGUUACUCUUGAUCCCCCUUUUUGGAGUGCACUACAUUGUAUUUGCAUUUUUCCCAGAAAGCACUGGUUUGGAAGCUCGCCUCUAUAUUGAGUUGGGUUUGGGUUCUUUUCAGGGUUUUGUUGUUGCUCUUCUAUAUUGCUUCUCAAAUGCAGAGGUCCAAAGUGAACUGAAGAAGCAACUGUGCAAAUGGCAGUAUCAAGAAUACCUGAACUUCACACACAAGCACAGGACUUUUUCCAGAGAAAACAGUCCAGUCAACUAUGUCACUCAGUUAUCACUGCUUGAAAAAAUCAGUCCAAAAAGGAAAAUAUCUGUGUACCAGAAUGGUGUAACUUCUGUCUGA